UGUAUAUUAAUUUCUCGUGGUAUAGACACAUAUAUACAUAAUUUUUUCCAAAGGGUCCGCCUCUGCUUCUCAGCUCAUCAGCAACUUUCAGUCCAUUAAAGACUAGAUUUUUCUUAGUGUAUUUGCACCAAAGAUUCAAUUUUUUUUGUUGGUAUUUUUCUGUGUUUCCAUUCAUGGGUUGUUCUGUUUCUCGUUCCUAUGCCAUUGUUACCAGAGAUGUACAAAACCAAUCAAACUCAUUUACAUCUACAAAUUCAGAGUCCCCAUAUUCCUUCUCUGAUUCUUUAUCAAUUCCAAUUUCAAGAACACUCUUCCUACCUGCCCCUCUAAUUCACCAUCCACCUCUUUGUAAAGGGGACACCAAUCACUUAGUUUCACUUACUUCCUCUACCUAUGGAUCACUUGUGCUCGAUGAUCCCCGAGUUCCAGACAACUCCACCACGUGUCACAAUGAGGGUGAUCAACAGGACCCUGUAUCUCCUGAUUCAGCAAUCAACACUUGGGAGCUCAUGGAAGGCCUUGACGACUUAGAUUUUCAUAUGGUUCAGUCCCCUGUGGAAGAGUCCCCUAGAAAGUCCAAGUGUAAAAUUCAUGAUAUUCAAGAAUUGGACACAGAGUUUGUUAAGUCGUAUGAGAUUGUUGAGCAUUCAGAUAUGAAGCCGUUGUGGAAGCAUUUGUCUGAGGCAAAAAUGGAUCCUAAUGUAGCUUUAAGUUAUGGAAAAGCAUGGUCUACCAAACAAUUUGAGCAUCAAGAAUCGGAAACAGUUAUGUCUGUGGAGUCAUCGAAUGAUAGUUCGAGUUCUUUGAGCUCGUUGUUUCCUGAUAGUGGUAUCUACUUAAAUGGUACUGAAGAUAGGAUUGUUCUGUAUUUUACUAGUUUGAGGGGAAUCAGGAAGACUUAUGAAGAUUGCUGCUCUGUGCGUGUGAUCUUUAAAGGAUGUCGGGUAGGUGUAGACGAAAGGGAUAUCUCUAUGGAUUCAUCAUAUAAAAAAGAGUUACGAGAUGUUUUGGAAGGUAAAGCAAUGAGCUUGCCUCGAGUGUUUAUAAGAGGGAAGUACAUUGGUGGUGUAGAAGAGAUUAAGCAACUUCAUGAGACUGGUGAAUUGGUUAAGCUUUUGGAAGGUUUUCCCGUUAUGGAUGAUGGAUUUACUUGUGAAAGUUGUGGUGAGGCAAGGUUUGUACCGUGUCUUGGUUGCAAUGGAAGCCGGAAAUUGUUUGAAGAGGAGGAAGGGAAGUCGCUUAGGUGUCCGCAUUGCAACGAAAAUGGAUUAAUUCGUUGCCCUGGAUGUUGUCCUUGAAUGCGGCUCUUGAUUGAUCAAGUGCAUGCUUCACUGAUUUAUUUAUCUGAGGUUCCUUGGUUAUUACUGGUGUAUAGCAUAUGGAUACGUGUAGGUGCAAAAUUAGACCUUUUUGUUUCAACUGUCUAUAUUAUGUAGCUCUGGAGCAAUUCAUGUUCAUUUUCUCUUUGAGUGGCUCAUAAGUAAUAAAAUCCAUAUAUGCUACUUGUUUGCUUACCCUCAAACAAGUCUAGUUUGUUAGUGGUCUCCCUCUUUGAGAAAGUGAGACUGCUCUUUCCUUACUUUUUGAUAUUCAGAUCGAAAUUUUUACAAAUAUACAGAUCGUGAGACUCACGAUUCAAAUAUUCUUUUUGUUUACUCAUCUUUUAUAGUCUCAGCAUGAAUGUGCAAGAAAAUGCUACGUAUAUGUAAUUAAAGCUAGCAAAAAGGAAUUGAUGUGUUUUAUAUGCUAUAAGAAAUUAUGAUUCCUGUGGCUGCUGUCAUGAAAGUGGC